UGGUUUAGAAGUGUUGCGGGUGUGCGAAGGAGUCGCUCGCUGCGAAAGCCUGGAUUUUGAAUUAAACUGAAAACAGACAGUGACGGACCGUAACAGCUUACCAUGGAUAUGUUCUGCUGAGGUGGCGCACUGUAGCCGAAGAUAUCACUUGUUUUUAGAGUUUUUAUUCGUAAAGAUGUUGGAUAAAAGGAUUGUUGACCUGCGUUCGGAUCAGCUGGAAGGCGUGAGAGCAAAAAAUGUUAAGGAGCACUUUGAGAAGCAAUAUAAGAUGGGCUCUCUUCUGGGAAGCGGCGGGUUCGGUUCUGUGUUCUCCGGACAGCGCAUUUCAGACGGACUACAGGUCGCUGUCAAACAAAUAUCCUGUGAUAGAAUUCAGCAGUGGGCCAGUCUGCCUGGUGCAGCAAACGCAGUUCCCAUGGAGAUCGCUCUCCUGCUGUGUCUGGGCAGAGGUUCAGGGUCGGGUCACCGCGGCAUCAUCCGGAUGCUCGACUGGUUUGAGAUGCCGGGUCAGGGAUACCUCAUUGUGUUUGAGAAACCCCAACACUGCCAGGACCUGUUUGACUUCAUCACUGAACGUGGGGCCCUGGAGGAGCCCAUUGCACAGAGGUUCCUCAAACAGGUCAUUGAAGCCCUGCAAUUCUGCCACUCCGAGGGAAUUGUGCACCGGGACAUCAAAGAUGAGAACAUCCUCGUUGACACCCGCACCGGAGACAUCAAAAUCAUUGACUUUGGAUCUGGAGCUGUACUGAAGGACUCCAUUUACACUGACUUUGAAGGAACGCGAGUCUACAGCCCUCCAGAGUGGAUCCUUCACCAGCGUUACAGCGCUCGUCCGCUCACCGUGUGGUCGCUGGGCGUACUUCUGUUUGACAUGGUGUGUGGAGACAUUCCCUUUGAGCGGGACGCUGACAUUGUACAUGCCACUCCAAGUUUCACUAAACGCAUCUCCAAAGGUGAGCCUGCAA